AAAACAACAUCUUUGUCCUUCACACAAGCGGCCAUUUUCUUGGUGUUCGUUAACAUGCCUUUGUAAAGAGGUUUAAUGUUAUUUCCCACCAAUAAGUGCUCGUUUCUCGAUGGCUUCUCCUGGUGAACAUGAACAGUUUACCGAAGAAAGUACAAGUUCAUUUCAGUUUGGUCACGAUGAAAGGUCUUCUAAAAGUGAUGAACAAAAAUGUAUUCUCGAACUUGAAAGAGCAAUCGAGGCUAAAACGAAGGAGAAGAAUAGUCUACGGGAAAAGUUGCGUUCAAUCCUUCGACUGUCUGAGCGUUUGGAUGCUUUACUACCGUUGAAAUUGGAGUCUAAAGAGAGGGAACUACGUCAUUUUCUGUUGUUUUUUCUCAUGAUUUGCGUGAGCUUUCGAAAUCAGAAUGGACUGAAUUAACACUGGUUAGGUUAAUUUUUGAUAAGAUAUGAGGACGUGCGUAGAAAAGGUUUGUAUGUUUAAUUGGUCUUAAGCAAUUAGUUUCAUAGCUACCAUACCUAUUUCCGUUCGAUUUAUCGAUAUUACAAAACAGGGUGAAGAGCACCUCGAGUAUUGAAAUUAAAUUGAAAUCAAAAAUUGCUAUUGUCUCAAAACAUUUAGGAUUUUGAUGAAUUAUGUGCUAGCUUCUGAAAUGCACCGAUUUCAUUCACUGUUCAUAGACCAACUAAACAUUGAUAGUCUAUUUGGGCAGGGUGUAUCACGACAGAUGUGACUAGCUAAGCCUAUUAGCUCCAAUGACCAUUUAGUUCUCUUCUCUUUUCCCUCAUUAAGACGGCGCUUAGUGGUUUCGGUUUCUCAUUGCAGUCAUCCCGCAUUUCAAAUUACCUGGCUCAGUCGGACCUCAUUAUUGGAAUUUGAAAGGGUUUUCGAGACUAUCAUGACUCCAGAGGCCGACUAUUCUGUAGCCGUAUGGAUGAUUUCCUCUAUUGCAUUCAUUACGAUUUUAGAACCUCUGGACCUCUUUCUAACCUUGACAGUUUUUUGAACCACGCAUAAGAAGCGUAUCCUCAUUAUUUCCUUGGUUUUGUAUAACAUAUUUUUGCUGACUGUUUGCUGAUUGGCUAAUAUUUCUUAAGUUAACUUAAGAUUCGUUCAAAGGUCGCCCAUAAAUUAGAGUCUCGCCAAAAACUCUUCUUAUACCUAACUUAAGUAAUACGAUCUAGUGUGCAUUGUACAGCAACUGCGAAUACUAUAUUCCUUCCUGGUACUCAAAUAAUCGAAAAAAUCGUAUUGAUUGUUGAGAAACGUGCAAAAUAACUUCUGUGCAGUUGAAAGCACGUCAUCUCUUCUCGCCCAUAUUCAGUACCUUCAAACAAACUUGCUAACAAACCUAGCCUCAUCCUACUGUAUUACUCUGUGAGCGUGUGGCAUGGUCUGUGAAAAUUAAGGGUAUGUGUAAGCUACAAUUUUUUGAUCGUGUAUUUUCCCAAAGCGUUGUUGUGUGUCGUGAAGCAAUCGAGUGUGGGAUGUUCCGGGAAGAGAUAGGGAAAAUCAUUUUAUGGAGUUGUAAAUCCUCGCAUCUAUGGUGGCUAAAUGUAAAUUGCGUAGGACAAACCGCCGCCUCCCCCUAAAGACGAUGUAUUGUGUGAGGGUAGGUCGAAAGCAAGCUAAGGGCGGUCAAACCAAAACGUGACAACAAUCCAUAAAACCAUGGGCUGUUGGACUGAAUCAUGUAGGUGCGUAAAAACUACCUUGUUGGGGUUCACAAAAUUGUAACCAGUGGUUGCAGACGUUCGGUAACAUGGUUAGAAUCGGUCAUUGUUAUGUAUAUGUGUACUCAUUAGUCUCUUUUAGAUCUUGGAUUUCAGAACUACUUUAUAUCUUUUAUUGUGCAGAUUAGUUUUGAAAUCAUAUUGUCUGGUUUCUUUUACUGUCACUGAUAUUUUUAAUACUUUGGGAUUCGUCUUAUUUCAUAUAUCUCUGGUUUGGUGUGGGGACUAGAUCCAGUGCACGUAUUCUUCAAACUCUACGUUGAUGAUAACUUAUUAACUUUUGAGGCAAACUAUAAAAAGAUCAAACUGUUCGAAGCAGACAGUAAUGUAGUUAUCAUCAUUAAGGCUGAGCUACUAGUACAAUACAGAAACUUGUCUUGCAAUUCUGUAAGUGCAUUUAGUUUUGGAGAUACGGAUUAUUGUAUCAUGAACUUCACAGAAUUCCUUAUUCAGUAAACUCAAUGCAGAAAAGCAUUCCAUGUGGAUUUUCGACUUGUGUACAUGCAUGUUGUGUUUGAAGGUAUCUUAUCUUGCUACUUGUUAGUUCUGGGUUCUACUAGCGCAAGAUUAUGGAUUUUCACUCCUCGAGUACCUAUUUGUUUGGUGCUCCUUGGUAUUCUGUAUUUUUUUCAACUUUGUAUAGGAUAUAUUACUAGAUCUUUCAUUUGGUAUCUGCCUCAACGGACUUGAAUAAGUUAUGUAGUGACCUAAGGUUGACAUGCAGCGACCUACCUAAGACAUCGAUGACUAGUUGAACUAUAAGUUCUAAAGCUCAACAGAACUCACAAUAAAGACAACUUGAACUUGUUUAUCUUGAAAAUAUAAGUUCCAGAUUACAGUCACAUGAAUAACUGAAUUAUCUAAAGAGAAUAACUAAACAAAAAUGUUUUAUCACUUCAAGAAAAAUUUUCGUACGAAACGGUCAUCUAGCCAAAAGUUUUGAAAAAAAAAUUAUUUUUACAAUAUUACGACGAUUCUGUGUAUGUGAAACGGAACGAGUUCAAUGGGAUCCAUGUUCCUGCUAAUUGAUACGUCCAUUAAAUCUAUGAGAUUAACCGAAUACUUGGUUUGGUUGCGUGUAUCUCAGUUCGGUAAUGGUAUUCCUUGGAAUGAGGGUCGCCUCUUAUCCAACAGGUUUGUCCCUCAAUAUCUACUAGAUUCUUUAUUCAGAAGAACCUUUUGCAAGAAUACCAGAUAGAAAAAGGUGGGAGAUACGACCACUGCUUUUGUUAUGCAAGGACUUCAGCUACAUAGUUGUUAAACCUGUUUUAUCCUACUAAAGAGUAUCGGAGACGUGCUGUUUGAUAAUAGUUUCCUUUGAAUGAUCACUCAUCGAUGAUCCCACUACCUUAGUAGUGCUGUGUUCUAAAUAUUUGUUUGUAGUGAUGGUAAAGAACAACAUUCUGUUAAUUUUCUCAUAUCAAAACACUGACUUCAGUUGCUCUGACUGUUCUGGGUGUUUCUUGAUACUACAAGUUAUUUCCCGAUUCUCUAAUUGGAUGUGUAUAUGGUCUGCCUAUGACCCCGGUGAAGGAACGGUUAUGUUGUUUCAACAUUUAUUUACAAAUCACGGCUUCCUAGUUGAGGUUUUGGAACUCAGUCUUUACAAUUUUGUAUUCCUGUAUAUUUGGUGAAGAUAUUGUGAUGAAAUAAAAAUGUUUCCUGAUUACUCUCCAACUCAAUCUGUAUAUUUUGGUCAGUUGAGUUUUCCUCUUUUGUUUCAUCACAACAUUUUUUAUUUUGCUUUUUGUGAUGAAUUCUUCAUUAUUUUGUUGGAAAAUGUUCGUGUCAUAAAUAAGAUUAAUGGGGACUUAUCACACUUCGCUGUCAUGACAAAAAUCAGAGGAAUUGAAAGUGAAUAGUAUUAUAAGACUAAGGAAUAAGACCAAACUAAGAUUUCAUAACUCCCUUAUGACGAUGUAAUAAAAAUCCAUUCAUUCGACCAAAUACAACUGAUUUUGAGCUAGUAACUACUUGUCUUAUCAGCCUGCCUGGUAUUGCAACACCUCAAGUGAUAUGCACCAGUUUGUGUGAUUAAUCCAUAUCACUACCAUAAACGAAUCCAACCACCAUUACGAGAUAUCACUUUUUACUAUGGCUAGUUAUCUAUUCACAUACUGCACUCAUAUUAACUAUGGCUUCUCGACAUCUUGGUAAUAUCAAUAGUCUUCAGUGAUAUAGAGCUGUAUACGUGGGACAAUUAGUGUUUAAGGAGUUCGAAUUUCUUACAUUACAUCAACUUUACUUGAUCGCAUUAAACUUUCUUGGCUACUCAAGUUCCCAUGUCCACUUUUAAAGAAACAGUGACUAUUGUUCAUAUGGAAAUAAUUUAAAGAAAUUCUUCGGAUAAAUUACCUUAAAUUAUCCUAGUGUAAUACAAUUCGAUUUCCAAUAGAGUAAAUGGUUAAAAAAUGACCAAGUUUGUCGUUAAACUACAACCAGUUCAAACCUAUUAAUGUUAUUGCUGAAUUACUGUGUUAACUGUAUAAACGUUUGCAUAUUUUUGCUCAUUGUUUUUCUUUGUACUAUUUAGUACUCCAGUGAAUCAAAUCAGUGCUUGACUGGUUACAAAAAUUUUCAAUUAAUAUUGUAUUCUGCUUAUGUAGUUUUAAAUCAUAGUUCUUGUGAACACAGCGUAUUCUAAUUAAAAAUUGAUUAUAAUCUAUUUCUAGACUAGAUAUUUUCUGUCGAAUAUUUCUAUGAGCUUAAGUGCUAAGCUCUGAAGCCACUCACAUUUCUUCAAUCACAACUUCCUUUUUUUGUACUGUGUUUAUUCCUAUUUCUAAUGACUCAGAAGUUAGCUUUUGAAUAAUUUUGAUUUCUGCAUCAUGCUUAACAAUUGUCGCUAAAUUGUUAAACGCUGACUACUUGUUAAACCUAAAUUUAAUAAUACCAUUCAACCUGAUAUUUUUGUUCGCUGUUAUUGAACAUCUUUAUUUGUGUAUGUGUGUAAUUCUUGUAAGCAUUGCUUAUACAUUAAAUAAAUGAGAUAAAUACAAAUGCAGUUUUUCUAUUCUUACAGUUAUUUAUUAGCAACUAGGAUUAUUAUUACUAUGUAGUUUUUGUAAUCGAUCUUCAAGAAUCGUUUGGAAAACAAAAUAACCCCUUGAUGGCAUAUUCAGUUAUGACUUUUAUCAGUUUCUUGUUACUAUAUGACUUUUUGCCAUAUGUUUAUUGAAAUUUCUAGUGCAUCUCAAUGCUAAAUAAUAAUAAUAAUAAUAAUUUUUUACUACGUCCACAUUUCUACAGAUUUUACUGUGAAACAUUGGUGAAUAAAUUUAUGGCCAAAUAACUCAUUAACCUAAUGAUUUUGUUUAUUAGAACUAUUCUUUUUAAUCCGUGUUCUGAUAAGGAAAAUGUCUAAUAUUGCAAUUGUAUAGCUUAUUUUAAAAAAUUGUGUUCUCCAUGUAGAAAUGCUUUCUCUUCUUAAUAAACCUUGAAAUCACAUAGAUCUUAGUUAUCCUAAAAUAAAACAACUUGUCUGUCACGUAAUAGAUAUAAAAUAUCUAAUUUUUGACAACUAGUUAGUCAGUCAUAAUGCAGAGCUUGACACCGUGAGUCAGUCCAGGUUGACAUACUACAGCACGAAACAAAAUAAACCGCAAAUUAUUAGGAAUAAUCUCAUGUGCAAUAAUAAUAAGAAAAGCUGAACCUUGUGAAUAUGGCUCGAAAUGAUAAUUAAAAGACAUGCUUGGACUCGAGAUCUAAAGGAAUGUAUGGUGCAUGCGUCACUAACCACACGGCGGUUUCGAUAAUCAGGUGAAAUUUUUCAGAAUUUCACUGCAAAUAAACUUCUGUACGUUGUCUCGUUAGCAACAUCCCACUUAUCCUUGGAUUAACUAACAUAAAGUUUACUCACUUUCUGAAAUUUUAAUUUUUCAAGAGUCCUUAAUUCAAUAGUUGUCUUAACCUUUUGGAUGCUGUAUCGACUUGAACUUCCAAAUAAAUGACAGAAAGCAUGUUUUGUUUCAUUAAGUUAAUUCAGUGUUAGAGUUUCUCAAAAAUAUUAUUCUAUGGAACAAGUAAACGACAAAAGCUACUAUAGUGAACCUAUUAUUUGCGUCAAUUUCAAAUGUUCGUGUAUUUGUAUGUGGAUUUAUGUGCACGCAUUUAUAAAUCAGAAAAAUUUAACUGAACCAAGAUUUAAUCCAGUGCACUAUAUAUUUUGAUUAUAACAUGUGACUAGGGUUGAACGUUAUUUUAAAGGUGACUUUGUAAUGACUUUCUUCGUUAGUUUUCAUCUUACCUGAAGAGGUGUCAACUGGUUGGUGUGCGUCAAUUUUGGCAGCCAUAAUUUUCAGCUAGAACACUUCAUCACAUCCCUAAAGAUAUUUGUUUUAACUGGUUGAGAGCACCAAUCAGAGGAUUUUCCGAUAGGUCUCGACUGGCAAGCAUCAAAUACAGCUCAUUAUUUACUUGCUUUGAACUUCAUUGUAGUGAUCUGAUGCUAAUAAUCUGUAAAAGGGUAAAGCUUCGUAAAAUAUUGAGGCUUUGAAAAUUCUAAUAGCUUUGCGUUUUGUAGUUGUAUAUCCUUUUUAACAUGACAUGGCCUGUGUUUGUUACUCGAUAACAGGAAUUUUCUUUUGAUCAUAUAGUAAUUUGUUACUUGUAAGCCACUUUAAAGACAGAUUUUAAAUUCCAUCGUACAGUAUAUUCAGGCUAAUAAAGCUAGUAGACAAUGCAUCAAGGUAACAAUUGUCAAGAUUUUAAGUUCCAGGAAACAUCUCAAAGGCUAUGAAAACGUUUUGCCUCCAUUUUGGAGGGGAUAUUUUUUCAUAUCUGCUGGGAUGGAAGUAUAUAUCAUAAACCUGUUUCGAGUGAUCCAUACAAUAUAUUUCCUCAUAAGUUUGUGCGUUGAGAAAUGGCAUUGAACAGAGGUAUAAAUAAAUCAGAAGUUCUUACUACUUGGCUGCUUAAAAUACCAUGUAUACAUUUCGUCAGGUGACUAGUACUAAAGUGUUAAAUUUCAGCAAUAAAUUGGUUUUGGUCACAUCCAUAUUUCUGAUGUGUUAGUGAUUUAACUGGAUUUUCAACAUAGUGAAUGCCAGUAGCCAACGUAAUUCUUCUGAUAAUUGUUUUUCUUUUCCCUUAUUUUAUAUCGUUUCUUAGCUCCCUUCAGUGCCUCGUUCGAAUGCGUGUGACGUUGAUGCUAACAAAAGCCAGACCACUUCAGGCGGCUGUACAAUUAGUUCCAAUGUUCGCCCCGUUCCAUCCUUGGUUAGUGGGUUAACCAAGUCUGUAGAUAGUUUAUUGGGUCCUGCAAAUGCAGUGGCCCGUGCUACUAGUUCAAAAGGCGGGGCUCUUCUACCUACUCCUUAUCCUAAUCCUUCUCAGGCUAGUGGUAAAUCUGUUACCCAUAAUCGUGGUAUGCUACCGUCAGGAAUUCAUUCACAAUCCACCAAGGCUUCUGUAGACAAUGGACCAUAUAUUAAAGAUGUUCCAAAUUAUGCAGAUGUAUUAAUUGAUUCUUCUGUUAACUUGAUACUAUCUCGUUUACGCCGGACACAGUGUAAUUUUGAUAAACUUGUUGCAGCUAAUCAAUCGGAACUGCAGUCAUUUACUUUUACUCAAAACAGUCAAAAUGGAAAAAGAAUGAUGAUGCGUAUUCGUGUUCUUGAACAUGAAAAUGAAGAACUAGCAAAUGUCAAUCGUACUGGUCGAACUGCUCGGUUAGAAUCAGAAAUUUCUUUACGACGUGCAUUCGUAAAUGACUUGAAAAAUGCUCAUUCAGGUAAGUGUAUGUAUAUAUGUGUGUGAGGGGGGAACUUAAGUUUUAGUCACGGUGUGUGACCAAUAAUAAAGAUAUGUAGACAAAUUGUUCCAUUUACUUACUUGUCCCAAUCACAAUAAAUGCAUUGAGUAUGUAAAAAGCGCUUCAUGGAACAGUACUUAUGUGUAUUCAUCACAAUAACCAUUCUCGUUUUCUUGAUAUCAUCGAUAAUAAGAUUAACUCUCACCUUGUCACAUUGUCGCUCUUCAGUUUCAAUGAAGAAUCGUCCAGUUCAAAAGUAUUUCAUUUCACUAUCACAAACUAGUGAAAAGUCAGUAAAUAUUACUUCGUUCUCAUAACUCAUUAGUUCAUACUCACGUACUCAAUUUACGCCUCGUUUCAUUGUCUACUAUAGUAACCUAAUUCAGUGUUGCUUUUGCUGUAAGUAAAUUGUUAAAUAUCGCGGAACCUUGAAAACUGCUUACUUAAUGACAAAUUGCUCAGUAUCAAAAUCAUGUGUUUUUAUAUUCCUAUUAGUAUUAUCCAUUUGUGAACUAACUGGCUUAUCGUGAUUCACCGGAUAAUUGCUAGUUUGACAGUGACUAUGUAAUUAACACACACCAUAUAAAAACAUCUAAUCUGAAAAAUUGCAUAAUAUAUGUUUUCGCAUUUGAAAAAUGCAAGCUUUGGUUUAGCAAUUUACCUGAUGUUUUAUUUUAUAUAUGAAUUCAGUGUAAAAUUAAAGUAAUUUGGCCACCAAUUUAAUGUAGAUUAGUAAGCUAUCAGUUCAGUUAACAAUUGCCUGUCACAUAUAUAUUCAUAUAAUCGGCUUCCUUCCAGAUUAUUUGUAUGAACGCCAAUGGGACUAUCUACUAUUCAGCUUCCCAAACGAAAUUAAGUGUAGCUCGGUUAAAACUCCCAACUUACGAAGUUCUAAUGGUUUUAUCACUAAGCUACAACUCCAUAAUAUUCAAUGUAUAGGUCAAAGUUAGUGUUUUAUAUCGACCUAGUAAAAUAAAGCGGCCUGCUUGAAUAUCUGGGCUACCUGUUUCUGCCAUCUGAUUAUUUCAACAAGUUAUCUGUUUUUUUCAUUUGUUUUAACUUAUAAUUAUGUCCAUUAAUCGCAUAACCUAUUCAGGCGCUUUUAUGAAAAGCCUACGACCUUUCGCUGCACAAGUUACAAAAAAGUACUAUAAAAGACGUCGUGGUGGUUGGCAAUAUGCGUUAAAGAGAAUGAACAUUAUUCGUAUGUCGAUUCCCAAGCUGCUAAAUUCUAACUGCCGAUCACGAAUCAACGAAGUGGACUAUCUGCAAUUCCUACUAAGUCAAAAUAUGUAUCGUAAUUGUGGUGUCAUCACAAUUCAAGAAUCUUGGUUAAAUGAUUUACAGGAUGACUGCCUAGUAUCACUACGUGACUUCAAAAUUUAUCGUCAGGAUCGAUCAAACAAUAAAAAGAGGUGUGGUGGCGGUGUAGCUACGUUUGUAAACACAAACUGGUGUCGAUCUUCGUUUGUGUGUUUUAAGUUUUCAAAUGAUUGUCUAACUCUAAGAUGUCGUCCAAAACAUCUGAAUAAAUACAAAUAUGUUUAUGUUACUAGUAUCUACGUUACUCCAGAUUGCACAUCAUCUGCACUAUCUGUUUUCGCUGAUGAAUUCACUGAGUUCGCUGUUACUGCCUUCAGUGAUUCACUUUCAGUUGUACGUGGUGAUUUCAAUUCAUUUGACUAUAGCUUCCUUAAGUCACUUGGUCACCAAAAUGUAGUAGAUUUUCCUACCCGUUUGGAUGCUCAUUUAGACUUCGUCUUCAUUAAUGAUGUGGGUAUAUAUGCGACUCGAAAACGUGCUCCAUUGUCUAGCUCGGAUCACUGUAUAAUUCGUGUUCUACCUAAAUUAUAUGAAAAGCAUGGGAAGAGUACACUGUCACAUCAAACCAAGAAAGUCAAAUAUAGGAAUUACUCAGAAGAAAAUAUCCGAAAUCUGAAAAACAUGUUUCAUACGACUAACUGGGAAUUAUUUACAGAUGACUCACUGGAAAACACUACUGAUGUUAUCACUUGUUACCUUAAAUUCUGUUUUGAUAUUUGUUGUCCCACUGAAACCAUUUUUGUAAAUUUUGAUCAACUUACAUUUUCACAACUAAAACGAUUAAAGGAGAUGAAAGAAAGAAUGUACAAGGAGAAGAACUCUAAUGAAGUUCGUAAGCUAAAUGGUCUGAUAAACCUAGAGAUUAGACGUCUCAAUUCUAUGUUUACUCAAAAACUCUUGUCUUGCAAAAACUCUCCAAGUAUGUGGAAACUCUUUAAAGAACUUACAGGUGACAGACAGUUUAGAAGCGAUAACCAGCUGAAUGUUUGACUUAAAUAAGUCUUUUGUACGUCAGUCAUCUGAUGUGAUGCUCCCUCUAUCCACGGGUUUAAAUAAUAGCUGUGUUCCUACUUUCACUGAAACUGAUGUACGAAGAUGUCUCCAGUCACUUAAUUCAUC